UAUUUAUUUAUUUAUUUAUUUGUGUUACAAGAUGCGUAUCACAUUAUCUACAAUUGUUGCCUUAGGUCUUCUGGGCUUACAGGCUGUGUCAGCUAAAAAGAACAAGAAAAAGAAUGCUUCUUCUCACUUGGAUAUAGAUUGGAUCUCAGAACAUUUAGGUACACGUCGUGGUUAUCCUACUCAUACUGUUCCUAAACGAGAUAAGAUUUUAAAUGAAUAUAAUGUUGAACAAUAUCAACUUAUUAAGCGUCAUGGUACUCGUUAUCCUGGUGAUGGUGACAUUGAAGCCAUCACUGAUCUCCUUGCUAAAUUAAAUGGCACUUCUUCUAAGCUUACAAAAUGGGUUGAAGGUUAUAAAAAUCAAUACAUUUCUGUUCGAGCCGGUCUUCUUGACACACAUGGUCAAGAGGAGCAUUAUUCACAUGGUAUGCGUUUUGCAAAAAAAUAUCCUGAUAUCCUGGAAAAGUCCCUGAGUGGGGAUACGGUUCAAUUUGUAGCUUAUUCUUCAUGGUCCUCUCGUACCUCUCAAUCAGGUCAUGCGUUUUUAAUGGGCGCCUAUAAAGGACAUGGAAAAUUAGACAAGCAAAAAAUGAUGGCUAUUCCUAUGUUUAGUUAUCCUUAUAAUGCUGAUACCAUGCUUGCCUUUCAUAAACCCUGUAAACGUUGGCAAGCUACUAUUGACCAGCUCACUAAAUCCUAUGUUGCUCCUCUAGAAAGACUUUACAUGCAACCUAUUGCUGAUCGUUUAAGUGAAGAAAUAAAUAUCAACAUAACUACAAAGGAUGUCAAGACGAUGUUUAGUGCCUGUGGGUUUGAAGUGACGAUGCAUAAUACAAAGGACACCUUUUGUAAAAUGUUUACGAAGAAGGAUUUAUUAAAAUUAGAAUAUUAUGAUGACCUUGCACAUUGGAGAAAGUUAUCUUAUGGUGUUGAAGACCUUAAUGGUGGCAUGGCCUGUAACUUGGCCAAGGAGAUUGUAAAUAAUAUUGAUAAGGCAGUAAACGGUAGUCGUUCUGGAACAUCUUUCCCUCAUCUUGAUCUCAAAUUUGGACAUGAUGAAACUCUUUUGCCUCUUCGUACUUUCUUUGGACUCUAUAAGGACAACGUUACCCUUGCCUGGAACUCUUCUCAAGAGGUGAUUGAUCAUCGUAACUUCAGAUUGUCAGACUUCAGUUUCUUUGCUAAUAACUUGGCUUUCGAGGUCUUAUCUCCCAAGAAGAAGAACAAGAAGAAUUUUAAAAAGAAUUAUUAUGUUCGUGUCUUGGAUAAUGAAAGACCUAUUGUCUUCCCUGGUUGUAGUCAUGAAGUAUGCCCUUAUGAACAAUUUAGAACUGCUGUAGAUCCACUUUUAAAUUGUAAUUAUGACAAAAUUUGUUCACUUCAAUAAUCUUAUGAUUUAG